UCAACGUGCGAAUCCUUCUGCCAGCAGACUUCAGCUUGUUUGGCUUUCUUUCCAGCAGUACUAGUUACUUCAGAAACAAAUUAGGUGUGGUGCGCAUGCGUCAGACUCGCCCAUUCAGUUUCGUACCGAUCCACCUGUCCACACUUACCUUACUGUUCCGAGUCAAAUCGAAACUGUACAGGUGUAGUUAUUUUCAGGUAUGCGGAUAAACGUGUUACGCAGUGCUCUGUGCUUGCUAGCGCAGGGUUAAACGACUUUUAAUACACGGAAGUUCCCAUCAAAUUUGGGAAUGAAUAACAUUGAUCAACAACCAUAGAAAAUCAUGCUUGGGUGUUUUAUUACAGAAAUGGCAUCACUGAGGAAGCUUCUGGGACUCGUGUGUUUGUCGUGCUUUCUACAGAUCUGUACAGAUCUCCCGGCAAGAACUCCAUCUUCCCCUCCUACUGGAUCAAACCAAGAUCCCCAGCAGGUGGAUGGGUUAGUGGGGGGCAAUGUCACUUUACCUCUGGAAUACAACUACGUAGGUGAAGAGCUAUUCUGGAGCUAUAAUGACAACGACACUGGCCGGAUUGUCUAUAUUGCCUUAAUACGUACAAAUGGGAAGCCUACAGAAUACUAUCCAUUAAAGUAUAAGCUUGACAGUACUGGCUCCCUAAAGAUUAUUUGUCUACAAAAAGAAGAUAGCAGAGUCUAUCAAGCAGAUGUACCAAAAGGAAAAAAAUUCAAAAAGAACUACUCCUUAUCUGUCUAUACUGAGCCAAAGCCCCGUGUUGAAAUCUGCCCUGAUACCUGUGUUCUGCUGUGCUCUGUGGAGAACGACAGCAACGUGACUCUCUCCUGGCUAAAAGGAGACGGGACUAUUCUGAAUAAAACAAGCUCAGUCAAUGAAACAACACUGGCGCUAUCACACGACAUGCUACCGGAUAAUGUUACUUACACCUGUGUGGCCAGCAACCCAGCCAGCAAUCGGACCACUAAUGUCACCUGUCACUCUAACAGGUGGACAGAUGAGAUGUGCUUGAGGUCAUGGAGCAGCACCUGUGUUCUGAUGGGCUCUGGGCAGAGGAUCAUCUGGAUAAGAAAUGGGAGCUCACUCAAUAGAACACAACUGGGGCUGUCGAGGGAUGAUGUUCUCUGUGUGGACAGCAAUCAGACAAGCCAUGGCUCGUUAUGGGAUUGCCAGAAAAAUGAAUGGGAAGUGAGCUACACAAUUCUUAUAGUUUUUGCAGUUGUGAUCCUCGCAGGGUUGACUGGUUGUGUGUGUUGGUGUAAAAAAAAAAAAAAAAAAGAGCCUGAACCAUCGAUCCAACGGAGCUCAUACCAUAAUGAUGCUAGUGAAAAAGACAAUGAUACGAGUGAUUAUGACGAUGACGAUGAUAAUGAUAUUGGUGAUAUGGCAGUGAAAGAAAAAAGUUCACUAAUACAGAAUGGACAGAAUACAGACUCCUAGAAGCAGACUGGCAGUUGUAACAAACUCAAUUUCCCGAAAGCAGAAUUCAGUUGUUCAACAUCAACAUAAUUGUGACACAAUAAGGGUGUUACAUGCUGGUGCUUUUAAUAAUGACCAGGCAAAAAUAUUUUUUGCCGGGUUUUUUUGAUGUAAUUUCUUUUGCUUACACUUUGUGGUUUGUUUUUAAAUUGUUUCCUUAUUUUAAUAGGAAUAAAGGAAAUCAAAUAAUUAUCAAUACGGCCAAAUGUUUUACAUCACCUAGAAUUUUAGGAUGAAGAUAGGAUUUAAAAAAUUCUAAACUAUAUGAAUGUAGAUCUUUUAUUUAGCAUCAUGUAAUCAAAGAAACUACAAAAUGUUUAUUAUUAUUAUUUGUUUAUUUAGCAGAUGCCUUUAUCCAAGGUGACUUACAGAGACUCGGGUGUGUGAACUAUGCAUCAGCUGCAGAGUCACUUACAACUACAUCUCACCCAAAAGACGGAGCACAAGGAGGUUAAGUGACUUGCUCAGGGUCACACAAUGAGUUAGUGGCUGAGCCGGGAUUUGAACCGGGGACCUCCUAGUUACAAGCCCCUUUUGUUUAACCACUGGACCACACAGCCUCCUAUAAUAGUCGUAGUUAGUAAAUGUUGGAUUUUGACAUGUCAUUUUUCAAUUUGUCAGUUUUUCAUUAAGUAUGUGGAAAACUAUAAAGCGGUGUGUAAUUUCAGUAUCUUAACACAACAGUAUUCAGCAGGUUUCAUUCGACUUUAUGAAGCAAAGUUAGAUACAAUUCUAUAGGGUGAUGCAAAACCUUCGGCCAUAGCUGUAAUCCCCAAUAAUGAGGAUAGACUCGGGGUCUGUUUGUCUGUGUUUCACACUUUAUCCAACUGAAGAGGAAACCCAGAUCUGUAAGUCUUUCUCUAUAACUGACCUGUGGGUCAGUCUCCAAUGCUUAGUACCAAACGUGGGAACACAAGGGCAAAAUGUACUUUAUUGCAUUUAUUUCUUUAGUCAUCAAAUGUGCAACACAUGAGUUUAUAUGACAAGUAAGUCUACAGAUGGAAAAACAUUUUCAGCUGUUUUAUUCAAUGCCCUUCCUACUGUCCAUGUGUGUUCUAAUUUUACUCGAGGCGUUGUGCUCGAGCCAAAUGAAAAAUGGCUCAGUUUAUUUUAAUCGGCAAGACCCUCUUUUCACCCAACGUCACGUAAAUGGAGGGGAAAGGAGGAGGUCGAUAUGCAAAUUAGCCAUGUGAAGCGUUCUUGUGCUGUUUUCGCAGACAGCUCGGGAAAAUGUGGUUUCCGUGCACAGAGAACAGGUACAGGAGAGAAUCUCACCAGGAAAUCCAAGGUUGUCAGGUGACGUCUUGUUUGAGUGAAAUGUUUAAAGGCAUAGUGUAAGCUGAUUUUUUUUUCUCUUCUUCUUCUGCUAUGUACUGUUCAGUGCUUUGCGAUACUUUUGUAUAAAAAAGCACUAUAUAAAUGUAAUAAAUAAAUACGAUAAAUAAAUAAUAAAGCUGUGAUUUGUAAA